GAGAAAACACAAAUAAAGGUCGAGAUAUGGAGGUUGCUGCUGGGGCCAUGGGCCCUGUCAUCCGUAAGCUCGGUGAGCUGCUCGUCCGAGAAUGCAAUCUGAAGAAGCGAGUAAAGAAAGGCGUCCAAUCGCUCCUAACAGAGCUGGAGAUAAUGCACGCCGUACUUCGCAAGGUUGGCGAGGUGCCGUCAGACCAGCUUGAGGAGCCGGUUCGGAUUUGGGCUGGAAAGGUGAGAGACCUCUCUUGCGACAUGGAAGACGCUGUUGACGACUUUCUGGUGCGUGUGGAUGAGGGCUCAAGCAGCAAGCCAACGGACAUGAGGAGUCGAGUCAAAAAGUUCCUCAAGAAGACCACCACAUUGUUUGGCAAGGGUAAAGCACUUCAUCAAAUCUGUGAUGCCAUCGAAGAAGCUCAAGAUAAGGCCCAGGAGUUGGCGGACCUGCGUAAAAAAUACGAGCUUGACAUGUGUAGCACUAGCAAUGGUGCUACCAUUGACCCACGUGUGUUAGCUUUGCACAAACAUGUAGGGGAGCUUGUAGGCAUUGAACACACAAGGAAUGAGCUUGUCAAAACACUGAUUUGUGAAGACGGGACUUCCGAGGAGCAACUAAAGACAAUCUCUAUAGUUGGUGUUGGUGGGUUGGGCAAGACAACCCUAACCAAAGCAGUUUAUGAGAAGAUUAAAGCCCAAUUUGAUUGUGCGGCUUUUGUCCCUGUGGGUCAGAAACCAGAUAUCCGAAAAGUUUUCAAGGACUUGCUCUAUGGCCUUGACAAAGAAAAGUUCAAGGACAUUCAUAAUACAACAAAGGGUGAAAAUCUACUCAUUGAGGAUAUCAGCGAAUUUCUUGUUGAUAAGAGGUACCUCAUCGUAAUCGAUGAUAUAUGGGAAAAAGACAUAUGGAAAUAUAUAGAUUGUGCUCUCUAUAAAAAUAAACUCCAGAGUCGGGUAAUCACAACAACCCGCAAUGUGAGUGUGUCCGAAGCAUGUCUCUCUUCCACUAAUGGCACAAUUCACAGAAUGAAACAUCUUUCUGAUGAAGACUCCCAAAUACUCUUUCAUAAAAGAAUAUUUCAAAGCGAGGAGAAAUGUCCAGAAGAUUUGCAGAUAGUAUCAAGAGAUAUCUUGAAGAAAUGUGGUGGUGUACCAUUGGCCAUCAUUACAAUAGCUAGCCUUCUGGCUAGUAAUCAGCAGGUAAAGCCGAACCAUGAGUGGGUGGAUGUGUACAAUUCGAUGGGUCGUGGAGUUACACAGAGUGAUACUGCUAAGGACAUGAAGAUGAUAUUAUCACUCAGCUAUUAUGAUUUGCCUCCUCAUUUGAAGAGUUGUUUAUUAUAUCUAAGCAUCUUUCCUGAAGACUUUGUGAUUAAGAGAGUUUCAUUGAUACGGAGGUGGGUUGCCGAAGGUUUUAUCCAGCGUGACAAAAAAGAAACCAGCCUAUUUGAGAUCGGAGAGAGAUACUUCAACGAGCUUAUGAACAGGAGCUUGAUCCAGCCAGCAGAAAUCAAUGUGGAAGGCACGGUAGUAACUUUCCGCAUACAUGAUAUGGUGCUUGACCUUAUCUGCUCACUGUCAACUGAAGAGAAUUUUAUCGAUGUACUGGAUAAUGUUGAGUGGCAUGCACCUAAUCUGCAAAGGAAAUUUCGCAGGUUAUCACUUCAUAAUAUCAAUGCAAAGGUUCAGAACCAUCAGUUUGGUAGCACUAACCUGUCAAAAGUGAGGACAUUUGCUGUUUUUUCUUCCAUUGCUUGUGAUUGGUUGCCACCUCUCUCAAGCUUCAAAUUUUUACGUGUGUUGGAUCUUGAAAAUUGUGACAGACGUGAAAUUAGCUCUGGUAUAAGCCUCAAGUAUGUAGGGAGUUUAAUUCAUCUAAGGUACCUAGGGCUAAGGAAUGCUGAUGUUCAGGAACUCCCAUUGGACAUAGGCAAAUUGCAGCUUUUGCAGACACUGGAUAUAAGAGGCACUAGUAUAGAAGAAUUACCUGCAAGUGUUGUUCAGCUCACAAAUUUGAUAUGCCUACGUGUCGACAAGUACUUGGUGCUGCCAAGAGGAAUGGGGAACUUGAUGUCCCUCGAAGUGCUCGGCUUGGUAGGAUUAUGCCCAUCUCCUCACAUUGCGAAAGAGCUGAGUCAUCUGACAGAGCUUAGGACAUUCAGUAUUAACUGUGUCUGUGUUAACAUGGACGGGGGUCUGAUUGAUAUAUUAAUCAAGUCUCUAGGCAACCUGCAGAAAUUGCAUAAUCUGUGUAUUGAUUAUGGUGGCAGAUUGAUAGAUCGAAUGCGUGAAAGCUGGGUGCCCCCUCCACACCUCCGUAGUUUUCAGUCACAUGGUUACUCUGAAACUGCGUGGUUCUCGAUACUUCCAAAGUGGGUUAACUCAACGUCGCUUCCCUACCUCUCCACCCUGAUCAUAGAAGUGAAAGAACUGCAAGGGGAUGACCUUCAGAUCAUUGGGAUGCUGCCUGCUCUUCGGCUUCUGCACCUACGUGCAAGUCACGUGAUGGGAACGUUGGUUGUGAGGGCCGAUGCAUUCCCAUAUGCGAGAUGCUGCUUGUUCAAUGAGUUUCUGACUUCGCCGUGCCUUUUUCCACCUGGAGCUAUGCCAAGGGUUCACCGCCUUGUGUUCAAGGUCUCUGCACGAUCGAUCGCGAGUGGUGAGGUUGACUGCGACAUGGGCCACCUUCCUUCUCUCGAGCAUGUCGGGGUUAUUCUGCAGCGUGAUGAUUCCAGCAAUAACGAGUUGGAGACAGCCAAGGCUUGGCUGACGCGCGCAGCAGAGGCUCAUCCAAAGCGUCCCUCCAUUGUAAUAUAUGUAUUAGACACGAGUGCUGACGUGCCUCUGCCGGUAAGGCCUUGAAUAAAAUAUUGGAGUCAGAAAGGUACUAAUAAUUCCAUGAGUUGCGGCAAGGCUCAUUCCCUCCAACGUAUGUUCAGAUUCUGCACUUCGCUAGACGAAAGGCUUCCGCAUGAUUGUUCAUGAUCAACUAUUUAUUUCUCCUGCAUUUGCUUUCAGAAGCGCAGCACCUCCUUUCCUUUAUUAUUCACUCAAGACUCGUACAAUAAAAGGCUGCAUUCAGUUGGCACUGUUUGUAGCAGUACUGCCUCUACCUUUAUUUGCUUGUUCACAUACAUCAUUGUUUUGUUUUUACUGGCUUAUUAAUGAAGAGCUGAUUGAACUCC